CGACGACCAGUCGUGUCGUUCUCGAUGUGCGCGCGCGUGCCGAUCGAUCGAAAAAUAGCCGGCGAGUGAGAGAGCGAACGAACAAGCAAGCGAGGAAGCGAGCGAAGGCGGUACUUCGACGAGAGCUACUCGUUUCGCAAGGUUCUCGCGAACGUCGUGCCGUCGGCUUUAAGAGCUCCAACGGCUCACGAGAAACUCCAAGAGGAAAAGGAAGAAGAAAGGAAGAAGAUGACGAAGGACAACAUCGCGAUGGAUUAUAAUACCCAACAUUCGAGCUGACCGAACGUUGAAAAGUUCAAUCGUCGAACGACGCCGAGUCUCUUCGUCAAUCUAUCUUCUCUCGUGUUGUCCUCGCGUCGUGUCGUGUCGUGCGCGCGCGCGCACACCCGACCGUCCACUGACCGUGCCGCGUUCGCUCCUAGUGUGUGUCGUGUGCUCUGCCUCAAGCACGUUGAUUUGUCGCCGCUUGAGAAAGGUGGGGAUAACGGGAGUGGGACAGGCUGUGCGUGCGUGCGAGAGAGACAGGCGGACGAACAAAGUGGGACGAAGAAAAAAAGGCACCACCUAGUGACAGUUUCUUUUUUUUUCUCCCUCUCCCUCUCCCUCUCCCAUUACUUUUCCUACCUCUCCCUCUUUCUCUCUUUCUUUCUCUCUCUUUCUCUCUCUCUCUCUCUCUUUCUCUUUCUUUCUCUCUAUCCAUUUUUACCCUACUAAAAUGCUAAUUCUACGAUAGAGCGAGCGAUCCCUUAUUUCAAGAAGAAACGAUACUAGUGACUCUAAUUCGUACAGACUUGGACUUGGUUACGAUUUGUUUAGAUUAAGCGAAAGAGAUCCUAAACAAAUGACAGAACGGAUGUGUUUUUCUACAAGGAGAAAAAUCAAGAACGACGUUGCCUUUCGGGCGCAGGAAAAUUGUUCUCGUAGGCGGGGCUUAAGGUCGAGGACACGUGACACCGAGGAAACUGUCACGCCGCCCUUGUCCUCCCCCUCUCCAACCUCAGCCAAGGGGUUCUCCUCCUCUUCCACUUCGUUAUCCCCCACCAUACUUACCGUAUCUAUUCUACAUCGUUGGAUUCCCGAAAAGUUAGAAACGUGGAGGUGUGUUAUGCGAAGGAAGUGCCUUUUCUAUUUGAUCUAUCAUAGAAAUGGAGAAACUUUCGUUUCUCAUUGAAUCCUUUUCGUGUCUAAAACGUCCUGAAAUUUGGGAAGAAAAACGAUGACAACGAAGACACGUUUCUUAUGGUUUUCCUGGUGGAUUUUGAUUUUUCAUAUAGAGUCCCCAGACAUGCUUUCUUUUAGAUCAUACUUUGUUGCACGUAUCACGUGGCGCGGAAGAUCGUUCAAGGUUUCAGGUUGAUGAAGAGAACGAUGAGAUUAUCGACGAAGGAGUGUCGAUCCGACACCUGAGAGAAAGAGAGAACAUCGUGGAGAAAAUGCAGCAAGCUAGCGUGGGUGGUUGUGACGGGGAUUUAGAUCAGCGGAGGAGUCCGUGCGCAAGGUCUCCGCAGGUGAAAUGCGAGCCGUCGAGCGACAACAGAACUAUUAGCAGCGAGCUGCUCGAUAACGGCAGAGUGAAAGUGAAGCUGGAGAUGCCGGAGCCUACUGAAGGUUACGAAUCCAAGACCGAAUCACGAGGAGAUGAUUAUCAUCAUCGUCCGGAUUUGGAUUAUGGUUAUGAACGAAAACCCGAAGCUUUUCUCGGAAAAUUCGAGAGCUCUGAUUAUCCUUCCCACUGUCAAGGAAUAGGAGGAGGAGGAAUAGGAACAGGAGGAGGAGGAGGAGUGACAGGAGGAGGAGGAGGAGGAGGGACAACAGGAGUAGGAUAUCAACGUCCCGAUAUAACAAAUUCUACUUUCGGUUUUCCUCGUUUUUAUGGGCCACCUACGAGCGCACCACCUCCACGUUUACCGGAUGUUUUUCCGAGUAGACGUAUUGACGAGCCUAAACACGAGGAUCAUCAUGAUCGAGAACGAUCGUCGCACGAUCGACAUGCAGCUUAUAGGAUGGCGGUAUCUGCCCUCACAAACGACGGCUAUCUUCGUGAUCAUCAUCAUCAUCAUCAUCAUCAUCAUCAUCAUCAUCGACCUCCUCAACCUCAUCAUCCUUCCUCACUUCCUUCUCAUCAUCACCAUCAUCAUCAUCAACAACAGCAGCAAUGCUUUGACGAUUAUCAUCGAGCUAAGGCAUCGGCUUAUCCAUCUUUAUCCUAUCCACCCUUUAGACCGUCGUCCGUGCCACAACGUGCUCCAUACGGUCCUAAUCAUCAAAACAAUAGCAUCUAUAGAACUACCGGACAAUAUCAAAAUAGGCAACAACGAAAGUGGAGCAACGCGACGGCUUCUCUUCGUGGGUUGCAACCAUCGAUACCCUGGCCAACGUGGUUCUUCCGGCCUGAUUUACCUCUCGCUUCGACUCUGCCUACAACAAGUCACGUUGCAAAUUCUAGCAACGUCACAAGUUCGAACGUAUUGUCAUCAAGAUCUCAUCAGGAUAUUCAAAAGGGAUCAGAGAAUCUUUAUAGUAACAACAGGAUUCAUGGACAAACGCCAACUAUCUGUACGUCUAUAAAAUGUACCGUCACUGGCUGUACCUGCGAGUCUUUUACACCUGGCAAACGUCAUCUACGUUAUUGCGGAAAAUGUCAUCACGGAUGGGUGCCGCAUGCGUUAGCACGACUGUCAAGUCUCCAGAAGCAGCAACAGCAGCAGCAGCAACAGCAGCAGGAGUCUCAGCAGCAACAGCAACAGCAGCAGAGGGUCGCCAGUGGUAGUAGUGGUGGUGGUGGUGGUGGUGGUGGUGGUGGUGGUGGUAGUGGUGGUGGUGGUAGUAGUAGUGGUGGUGGUGGUGGGGGUGGUGGUAGUGGUGGUAAUAGUAGUGGGGAUGUCGUCUCCAGCCCCCGUGCCACUGGUAGGGAGGACAAAAGCGCCGUAGGGAGGGUAAAGCAGGCAGCUUCGACGACGCCGACGACGGUGACGACGGUGACGACGACGCCGGCAGGCAGCACCGUUGGAGAAGGAGGCGGAGGAGGAGGAGACGUCACCGGUGUCGCUGGAGGUGGUGGUGGUGGUGGUAGUGGUGGGAGUAGCGGUGGUGGGGAGCGUAACGGCGCUGGCGGUGCCACUGCCGAUGCCGGUGGUGGUGGUAAUGCUGGUGGUGGUGGCGAACUCGCGGAGAAGGAGGAGAGGCCGCCAGCUUCAGAGACUGUCGAGCCGACGGCCGCGUUUGACGUCGCAUCCCUCGUACUCUACGGCUCGCGCGCACUCCCGAUACGCCUUAAGAUCUUGCUCGAUCAGUUGUUCAACCAGUUGCCCCACGCGCAAGUGACACGUCUACUAGCCGCCUUUGGCUGGACCUACGAGGAUUAUACGCGAGGAUACAUACUGCAGGAUUCGCAGAACGGCCCGGUGCUGGACCGAUGGAGUAUCUGCUCGGCUGAGGAGGAACCGCUGGUGUUGCAGCAGUUCCUCAGGUUCGCCGAGACGCGUCCGUUCGUGCAGCAGCUGCUGCUGGCCGCCGGAACGCCGGGGACGGAUGCUAUGUCACCAAGCAGACGACCUUCGCCGCCGACGAUGCCACUAGCACACUUGCCACCGCCCUUGCACCUGCUCCACUGCGGCCUCCCACCGCCGGGUUCGAGGUUGCCACCACCGUUACCGCCGCCUCAUCCUCCACCCCCGGUUUCGCACCCCUCAAUUUCGCCUACUACGCAGAAGCAUUAUUCGUCAGCCACGACCGGUGGUAAUCCAGGAAUAACGAGUAAUCGGGGGAACUCGCCACCGAGAACUCUAGAUUCGCAUAUGAACGUGUCACCACUGAACAGACUGCAAAGCAUGCAACCCUUCGAUUUUCGUAAAUUGGGUACAUUAGGCUUGCCAGCGUUUACACCAUUACCACCUGUACCACCUACCGAGCAACUUCUGCAGAGUCGAAAGUCCAUGAGAAAUCCUCAAAGUCCUCAUAGUCCGCCCCAUCAUUCGUCCAGUUCGCAAUUACAGAGGCCUCACGUGCCAGUGGCACCGGUUUCUUCGUCUGCACUUAACUUUGGUCAUCCACUCUCCGUCGCUGUUUCCUCGGGAGCCUUACCACCUACCUUUCCCAGUCAUUUCCCACCGCCACCACCGAUGGUUAAAUCGACCGGUUCCAUUGCCGGCCUGACAGCACCUACGGACGUACACAGUGGCGGUGAAAAGAGUAGCGAGUUUGGCUCGGAAGAGGAUGAGGAUGACGACGAAAACUCCGAUAGUGCAUUGAACCUCAGCAGGCGUGACGCCGCAUCGAAACACGUGGCAGCCGAACAUAGACAUCCUCCACCUUUGCCGCUUCAACCUGCGCCUUUAGGAAGGCCACCUGGUAUACCCGGUAGAAAGCCUCAUUCGCCUGGAAAAAGACCAACGGGACAAUGGGGUGCUUCUGCCAAUAUGCCACCCAAUCUAGGCACGCCCUUCAUCAAUCCAACCACUGGUAAGAAGAGAGUUCAGUGCAACGUUUGCCUGAAAACAUUUUGCGACAAGGGUGCCCUCAAGAUCCAUUUCAGUGCGGUACAUCUCCGAGAGAUGCAUCAGUGCACCGUCAAGGGUUGCAGCAUGAUGUUUAGUUCGAGGAGAUCAAGAAAUCGGCACAGUGCCAAUCCAAAUCCGAAACUCCAUUCGCCACAUCUCCGAAGGAAGAUUUCACCACACGAUGGUCGCUCCUCAAUGGCUCAUGCGUUAGUUCUACCACCUCAGGUUGGUCUUCCCGUGCCAGCAACAGGACUCAAUCAUUUGCCCUUUGGUUCGUUUCCUCUGUUAACUCCACCAUCCGAACUGCGUUCACCUGCCUCUCUCUGUGCCUUGGACUUCAAGCAUCUCGACCUGUCUUCAACGCAGAGCCAAGGUAGACCUUAUGAGGAGGCUCUUCAACAGAGAAUGCCAGUGAGCACGGGCUUACCUACUAGCACGGUUUCCACUACAGUGUCUAUAACGACGAGUAGUGGAGCGUCUACUGUUGCCGCGUCGAUGACCACUACUACAACGACAACUAGAGGUGGAUCGUUUUCAGGUGGUGCGACUAGUUGCACGGUGUCACCAUCGACAUCGAUGAUACCUGAGAAUGAAGAAGACGAUGACGAAGACGACGGUGGCAUUGUUGUAGUUGCCGAAGAUGAAACGAAUGAUGUACCUUCCAGAUUGCAUUCUCGUAUGGCUCACGGCGAUGAAGACGACGAACAACCGGCUGACUUCAGUUUAGCCAAACGGCCGAAACUCUACUUCACCGAUAUGGCUGACGAAGAGAACAUCAGUAAUAUCGAUAGCAAUGAGGACGACUCCGUUGGUGGCACCGAUCAGCAUUCCUUUAGUGUUGGUCAACACACCCUCAAUUCGAAUACCCUUCUCCACAGCAGGGGAGUACGUAAAAGGAAGUCCCAGCAUCCAACGAGAUGCGCCGUUUUAUCGGAAGUGCAUUCUUCGUCAACGGAUGGUGACUCCUCAAACGACGAGGAACGGGUUCAGCGACGUUGUCAACCGGAUGGUGGAAUCGUCCGAGCGAUAGACGAUUUUCAGAAUCAACCGGAGGACAUGUCGAUGUCACGGCUCGAAGCAGAAGAACGUAAGGUCUCGCCAGCCUCGCCGAAGAAUCCAGACACGAAGUGCCGUAACUCACCGGAGACGACUUCAAUCAGUGAACGAGAAACAACGACGACGUUGGAGAGUGUCCGUAGGGAAACGGCAAAAGAGAAGGUCGAUGAUCUACCUCAGGACGAACCGAGAGACCUCAGUUCGAGGGCGAGCAGUGUCAAAUCGCCAAAAUGUCAGAUCAGUCCAGAACCAAAAAGUUUGCAUGAGCCAAGCGUGGAAGGUAACUCGACUACUGCAGUCUGUGAUUCGGCAUCUGAGUCUCAAGAACGGGCGAGACGAAACAAAAUAGGAGAACAAGAAAUGCAGGUCGGUAAGAGCGAAGAUAAAAUUGUGGUUUCGAGAAACGAAUUGGAGACGACAGAGGACAAGAUCGUCCGACAAAACUCAGACGAUGUUAGGAGGCGAGGUGAAGAGGAACAGGAGGAGGAGGUGGAGGAUGAGGAGAACGAGAGGACGCAGGACGAGGAAGAUGAGCCAAUGGAGGAGGUCGAGGAUGAUGAUGAUGAUGAUGAGGUGGACGAAGCGCUGCGCAAUCAGGAAGGUGAGCGUCCCGAUGAUCCCCCCCGUGCCCCGAGCUCGGUCGAGAGCCGUCCAACGACAGCCGACGAGCUCUCCCACGACUCCUCGACCAACACUUUGCGUCAACUCGAGUCCUUGUCGCAGGGUCGCACGAUGAUGCCGUACACCGAGACGCAACGGGUGGCUUCGAGGUCUGGCCGCGGCUCUACCAGCCCCGUCAGCCUCACGACGCACCAGGAGACCACCAUGGACAACUCCUCACAUGGCUCUCGUUCAUCCAGCGCUUCACCCUCCACAGCGGCCAUGGAUAUGGACAAUAGCCUGAUAACCUACGCGAGAUACGAGAAUGGUGGCUUCGUCAGUACCCAGGAGGUUCCGCUUGAUCGUGAGAAUCCACGGCGUUGCACGGCCUGUGGCAAGGUCUUUCAGAAUCACUUUGGUGUGAAAACUCAUUACCAGAACGUCCAUCUCAAGCUGAUGCACCGUUGCAGCGUUGACGGUUGCAACGCGGCCUUUCCCUCGAAGAGGUCCCGUGAUCGUCACUCUGCCAAUCUCAAUCUCCAUCGGAAGUUACUCUCGACCUCCUCGAGUCCGCCCCUUUCAUCAGGUAGCCUGCCAUCCAGUUUGUCGCCGCGUGUCGAGGAUGCUCCGAUGAAUCCUCUUCUGCACAACGAGUUCCUUGCGAGACUCUACGCUGACGCGGGUAUCGGUACUGCUGGGAUCGGAGCCGCCGCAGCCAUUGGUACGGGCAUCGGUCCACUCGGUGCUUAUCCCCUGACACCUAGACUUCCACCAUCUGCGGUAGAUCUAGCUGCCAGGAUACCACCGCCGCAUCCGUUGCUUCUUCCACCUCAUCUGGGCGCCACAUUUCCAGGCCUGUCCUCUUUUGCCUCACAUUUGGCUGGGCUGAAUGGUUUGACUCAUCAACACUUGAACCACCUGACGAGACUCUCUCAGGAACAAGCAACCAGACAACCCUCUCGCUCGGCCUCACCGUUAUCAUCUCCUGGCUCGGACGAUAGGAAAGAGGAAGCCAGAUGUACCGUACCAGGCUGCGAUCGCGUCUUUGGCUCGAGAGCUGUCAGAGACGCACACUCGAGGGAUCCCCAGGCUCAUCGAGAUCUGUCGAUUCUCUCUACUAGCGGCUCGUGACCGUUCUUCUGCCGCGAACGCGACUAUUAUCCCUUACUGUGAUGCCAAAAUCCUAAACGACGAUUCCGAUCGAUCGCCGAUCAUGUUGAUCUCCCAGGGUAUCCAGGGUCCACCCGUACUAUCGUCUCGCGCUAAUCCACGUGCAAUAUAAUCGAAGGACAACGCCUAAAAAAAUAUCGCUGAUCAUUCGUUACAUUCACUUCUACUUUUAUUCUACUUGCGUUCGUCAAUUUUCUUCUUCAAAUCGGCUACGAUCUCAAACAAUCGACGUGCUUCGAACGCUCCAAUCUAGUCAACUUGGUAUCUCUAUCGGUGGGUCCAGAAGUCGAUAAGAAUUCUCGCACAAAGAGAACCAACCUGUCCGAUUCCUGAAAUUUCGUGUUUCUCUUCGCUUGGAGUUCUAGCACGAUUACCGAAGCAUAUCUGUGAGGCGCAGUGAUAUUUUUGAGGGCGCUUUGUCUUCUUCCCAGCUGCGCGAGUACUUUCAGCUCAUAAACUACGAUUUCUUUCUUUCUUUCCAUCACUUCUUCCUUCUCUGUUUCACCAUUUGCGAGAAUUUAUUUGUCUUUUUUUUAGACCAUCAAAGUUACGAACGGAAAAAUAGAAGUAUAAAAAAAAAAAGAGAAAGGGAAAAAGAGAGAAGGAAAGAGAGAGAGAAAGAGAGAGAGAGAGAGAGAGAAAAGAGAGAAAAAUAGGAUCAACAAUACCAUUUGAAAGGAGAACACGAGACGAGAGGGGUGGAUCGAGAGUACCGACUCGGUGUGUUCGAGAAAAAGGCGUUCGCGUUAAUCGAUCCCCAGAUCGAUACGCGAUCUAAUUUUAUCAUCGUUGUGAUAACGUAACGUUAGCGAAUACGUCACUAUUUAAUCAAUAAUCAAUUAGCACUGCUGUAUAUAUAAACAUAGUACCUUUCGGUGUAUCGCGUAAUUAUCGAUUAAGCUACGAGGGAAGCGCGACCGAUCGACGGACGUUUUUACCCGAAUCGGGGAUAAACAGACCGUGAGAAGAGAAGACUUUUGUAAACGGUUCGAAUAAACGAUAGGAAUGAGGACUUUAAAUUAGCGAAUAAAAAAUCGGAGCGAUAUCAAACGAUAUGUUGGCAGCUAGAGAAAAUGAAAAGGAAUGAAAGAGAGAGAAAGAAAGAGAAAGAGAGAGAGAGAGAGAGAGAGAGAGAAAUAAAAAAAAUGCAAUCUUUACACGGUUCUAAAAUAAAAAUCGUGAGAUGCGUAGACCUUUCGACGUUCGAAGGGCCAAGGGUGUCGUGCGAUCGGUAAAGAUGUCAAAAAAAAAAAAAAGAAAAAAACAGAAGAUAAAAAAAGAACAAGAGAGAAUAAAAAUUACAAAAAAUAUGGAGAGAGAACAAUAUUAGAGAAUGAACCGACCAGCGAAUCAAAGCGACGCGUGACGGCGACGUCUCGUGCUAGAUAUAAAUGAGAAUAGUUAGAUUUUAUUUAUUGUCUCCGUAGAGAAAAGCAACUCCUCCUUUACACGAGGAUCCUGCAGUUUAUCAUCGACGGCGACUGGCAGUAGCGGGCACUGCCACAUUGAAUCUCAAUUUUAUUUUCUGAUUUUUUUAUUUGCCUUUUUUUGUAACUUUCCUUCUUCUUCCUUGAAUAUUCUUUCACAUCGGACAAGUUUUUAUAAUUUUUAUUUCUUUUUUCACUUUUUUUUUUUAUUUUCUCUUUUUUGCCUUUUUUUUUUUUUUAAUAAUUCUUAAUUGUCUGCGAUUUAAAAGGCAAUUCGGUCACAAAACGAUAUCAUAAGUCGCUCACGAAAAUGAUUUCUUGUCCUCCGUAAUUGUUUGAUUGUAUAUAUACUUUAUUAUAUUAUAAAUGUGUAUAUAUAUAUAUAUGUAUAUAUAUACACAUCAGCAUAAUUUUUGCGAGCGCGUCGAUGUAAGUCGCGACGCUUCGAGAUGAAGCACGAAACGUGUAAGUUUUUCUACGCGUCACACGAUCCUAGAUUUUACACUCGUCAUCGUCCUGUCCUCCUUCUCCUCCAUCUCCUCCUCCUCUUCGUCCAAUCCACCGUACUUUAAAAAAAUUCCUCUACGCCUGAAGGACAAUUUCCCAAUUUCCGCGACGCACGACGAACCCACUACUAUUAUGUGUUAAGGGCGAACGAGAUUUACAACUCUGUAAUUAUGUAUAAACUGAAUGCUAUGAUGUAUAUUAUAGAUCGAUUAUAAAGAACACUCAUCAUUAUAAAAAUAAAUGCCUAUUAAAAUUA